AAAUUCUCGAGAGUCGGUCGACAACGGUGAAUGGAUGGAAUUUGUUUGGGGCGUGAUUAAUUGUUGAAACUUGUUUUUCAGUUAAAUUUGUAACAAAAUCUAUGAUAAACUGAGAAGUUCAUCAGUUAAGAACUUCAAUUGCUCUAAAAUAUCCAUUAACUAUUAAGUUUUCAGUUAUCAAAACCAACUUCAACGAUUACUGUUACAAGUUAGGCGUGGCUCCUACUGUGAAACUUUCGAUAUUUACGUGUUGAUUCCAAACAAAAUAGGACUUUGUGAGUAAAAAUAGUGCGAAAAUGGCUCCUGUAUUGGAAUCCUGUUGGUCACCAUGCAUCUGGUCGGCUGAUACGAAGAUUGGAAGCCGGGCAGUGGCCGUGUAUACAAUUGCUAUGAGUUUGGUCUUAAUUACGUUUGUCGCGUAUCAAAUGGAUGGCGGUGACUCUACGCAACUCUGGAACCCGCUGUUUGAAGCUGAUGUUAGAGGAUCUCUGCAAGUAUUUGGGGCAAUAUUCAUCAUAAUACUGACACUGCUUAUUGUGUUCUCCAUACUCAUGAUAGUUGGUGUAAACAUCUACAUGCGAGGGUUCAUUCUGCCAUGGCUGCUUACAAUGGGACUGAUCAUCGUAUUCCAACUGCUGUUUGGACUCUGGCUCCUGGGAGGAUACUAUAUUUAUUUGGACGCUACUUUUGCUGCUCUUGUCGACUUCUUGUGGAUGGCAUACAAUUUAUACUGCUGGCUCUGUGUGUUCUCGCAGUAUCAACUUAUAUUAGAAAUGCAGUCACCGAAUAUAGAAAUUUUAGUGGAGUACUAACCCAGUAUGCCAAUGUUUAUUAUAAGGUAAGGUAAGGAAGAAACCAUUUUAUAGAAUAAUGAAUUUUUCUUAUACAUAGACAAAUCAGGCAGAGAGAAUCAAGUUAACAAAAAAUUAUAUUUUUAAUUAUUAUUUAUGUAUGUAAUGA